AUGCGCACGUUGUUGACCCUACCCACCGAGUGUCAGUUGAUCGUCGUGUCCUACGUCGACGACAAGGACAUCCUCACACUUAACUCGACUUGCCGCGCCAUGCAUCAACUCCUGCCAGAAGUCAUUGCCAGCACCUUCGCCGCUGAUAGGACAUUUCAGUUCUCCAUCCCUGGGAUGACAGCUUUGCUUCGACUGAGCAUGAACAACUGUGACGCACGCUUUGUCAAAACCCUGAUCCUCACCCACUCAGGUCGCCAACAGCCCCCUAGCUGUUACCCACUCCUGCGCAAGGCCCUCCAAAACCUUAGCCCUUCUGGCAAACUUCAGUCCAUCGGUGUUCGCCACGCUGACGACGGAGUGAACUUCGAGUCUGACAAGCAGCAAGCACAUAGACACAUCAAACACUUCUUGGAGGAGACUCUGCUCAAAUGGGCACUCGAUGCAGACCUUCCGAUCAACAACAUCAUCUUUGAGGUCGGCCAUUGUCAGGACAUAUUCGUGUCGGGCGUCCUCCGCCGCGGCUGGGCCCUGUCCAGGAGAGCCACGCGUAGAUUCACGACAGAAACCAACGAGGUCAUGAACACUAUGCGUGAUCUGAGAUCAGCUUCAUUCCCUAAUGCCAAGCAUACCUUCAGGUUUGUCAGACCUCGCGCUGAGGGUACUCGACACUCGGCAUAUGAUCCUGAAGCUGGAUCUCUCCGCGGCUUUGGUCUCACAGUUGAUGAUUGGUGGCUCUUGCAGAGAUGGUUCACCCGUCCAAUCAUGCUGAAGACCAUCACCCUGACUGACUGCUCCAUCGAGGACUCAACCUUUCUCUACCUGGCUACUAACCCCUCGCUUGAAAGUCUCACGAUUAAGCACGCGUAUCUAUAUCGUCUCUCCACACCAGCUCAUACUUGGAUAUCUACAAUGAUACGCCGGCCGUUUUCAGAUCGCCACUGGGAAGAAGUGCUCGAUGCCUUGCGCAUCCGGUGUCACGCUCUGGCGCACUGCUGCCUGGGUCAUCUUCUAUUCAACGAUGACCGCAUGUUCACUGGACCCACAUGGGAGGCCAGAAACAUCGAUGAUGUAAACGAGCUUCUUCACCAGCUUCGUACGAGAAGACGCUCGCGUAUGGUGUACAAGAAGGAGAAUGCUCCCUCUACUGGGCCACGCAAGCCCCGCAAGAAGGCCCCGAAGAUGAAGAAGACUCGCUGGACUCACAAGAAGAGAAAGUCCGCAACAACUACUUCCAACGCCCAAAGCUCAGCCUAG